GCAUUCAGCGUCUGCUCUGCCGAUAAUGCAAGCGUAGAAGAAGAAGUUCCGCUUUUCACCUGUUUAUUUUCUGCCCUGAGCCAGGUGAGCACGAGGUCAGUCUCUCUCAGAGUUUGAAAAAGUUGUUGAUUAGUGAUUUUAGUCGUGAAAUUAAGAAGAUGGUUCGAGUGUGUUCCUAUCCUGGAUGCUUCAAUCAGAUGAAGCGCAAGUGUGGAAUAACCCAUUCCGUAACUUUCCACAAAUUACCUCUUCGGGACCCUGAAAGGCUAAAACUGUGGCUAAUAGCUCUACGAAAAGAUCUAAGGACAGCUAACGUGGAUUCUCUCCGUGUCUGUAGUGAACACUUUUCAGCGGAUGAUUUCCGAACCUGUAAAGGAAGAGCUUUAUUAAAGAGUACAGCUGUGCCGAUGGUGUCACAACUAAGGACAGAGCCCAGGCUUCUUCGCAAAAUACAACACCUACAGCUUCAUGGAGGACACAACAAAGGAAAUAAUCCUUUUUCAGUUAGUGCAGGUGACAGAGGCAUCCAGCUCUGCUGCCAUGGAGCCAGUGGGGUUCAGGAGAGGACUUGAUUAUCUCCUUGAGCAAGGUCUUGAAGUGGAGGUGGUAACCACUGACCGAUCACCAUCUAUACGAAAAAUUAUGCGCAAAGAGUAUCCGGAAAUCCACCAUGAGUUUGACAUCUGGCAUGUUGUCAAGGGUAAGCUGACAAAUUGUAAUUUGUAAAUGUACAAUGGUAAAGGAAUUACUAUAAUGAGGAAAAUGUUUUUACAAUAUACUUUGGAUAGCCCUUGUACAGCCACAUAAACUUUUACAUCAUUUACCCCUCCCUUGCCAAAGCGCUGGCACCUGCCUAGGUUAUACACAGCCCCAUUGUGAUCCCACACUCCUCUAUUACCU